AUGGAGUGUAACGUGCAAGAACAUGAUGCUCCGAAGGACAUGCAUUGUGUUCGACCUGCAUUGAGUGAUGAGAAAAAAAAUAUGUUUUGGAUGGGCGGUAUGAUGGAUUGUUUUUCUACGGUGUUCUCCGUAUUUGGGCGUUCGGAGCUAAAAUCUGCUAAAGAGAAUGAGUGGGAGGUGCCGUUCGAAUCGCUGACGGACUUGGUGUACCUGGGCUCCGGCGCCCAAGGCGUGGUGUUUAGUGGAAAUAUGCGCGGAGAGAUGGUCGCGGUGAAGAAACUGCGCGACAAAAGCGAGACGAACAUCAAGCAUUUGCGGAAGCUGAAUCACGAAAAUAUCGUGCGUUUCCGCGGCGUGUGCACGAUGUCACCUUACUACUGUGUGAUAAUGGAGUACUGCCAGUACGGCCCGCUCUUUGAAUUCCUGCACAGCGGAGCCUGCUUCGCGCCCAAGCAGAUCUUGAAGUGGGCCAAGGAGAUCGCGUACGGAAUGACCUAUCUGCACAUGCACAAGAUCAUCCACAGGGACCUCAAAAGCCCCAAUAUCCUCAUCGCCGAUAACCUGGUCGUGAAGGUGAGCGACUUCGGCACGUCCCGCGAGUGGAACGACGUGAGCACGAUUAUGAGCUUCACCGGCACCGUGGCCUGGAUGGCCCCGGAGGUGAUCCGCCACGAGCCGUGCUCUGAACGCGUCGACGUGUGGUCCUACGGCGUCGUGCUUUGGGAGCUCCUGACCCAGGAAGUGCCGUACAAGAACAUGGAGACGCACGCUAUCAUGUGGGGUGUGGGAACAGACACCAUUUCUCUGCCUGUGCCCUCCACCUGCCCCGAAAGCCUGCAACUGCUGCUCAACCAAUGCUGGAACCGCGUGUCACGCAACAGGCCCCCGUUCAAGAUCAUCGCUGCACAUUUGGAAAUCGCUGGCGAGGAGCUAAGCAACAUCAAGGCGGACUGCUUCAAUGUGACGCAGGCCACUUGGCGAAAAGAGGUGCAGGACGGCAUGGAAAAAUUCUAUGCCAGGAGCGAACCUGUCGAGGAGAGUAACACUCAUCGCCGUGAGGAGAUGAAGCACGCACGCGAUGUCCGCUUGGUGUAUGAGCAACAACUAACUCGCGCCAACGAGCUGUAUCUCGAGGUGUGCACCGUGCGGCUGCAGCUCGAGCAGAGGGAACGCGCCCUCGUUGAACGAGAGAAAGCCCUGAGGGCGUGCCGCUGCGGUGUUCGCAAAGCGCUGAGGCACUACCAGAGGCAGACAUCCUCUUCCUCUGACGGAAUGAAGAACUUGCCGCCUGCGAUACACGAGAGGAAAGACCGUCGCAAGAAGAAGGAGCCCGCCCAGGUGCUGGUCAACUUCGUCGAGAACAAGCCCAACGACGGCCAGACAGUCACGGUGACAGUCACCGACGACAUGUGCGAAUGCAGCGACGACAGCAUUCAGAACAACAACAAGACGCUGGAGACCGUCGUCGAACAAAAUGGCAACGUUGAUCUGAAAGUCCACAAGCUGGACAACUGCCUCCCAGAUGUUGCUCAGGUGUAAGCUAGGUAGUCGUAUUAUUUUUAGUUCAUCCUCCCAAUUACAGGGAUUAUUGGCAUAGGCAGUUUGUCUGCAUUUUUAUGUCUGUUUCUUGAACUGAUAAGAUACACGUUUGGAUUCUAGAUAAUUUCUGGGGAUGAGGGAUAGGUUUUCAUUGUAUCAUUAAAAGUUUACCAAAAAGUUUGUCAUAAUAGGGUCGAGGGAACGAUAGGGAAGGAUCAACGAAUGCCGCAGUAACGAUGUCGUCCUCAGAAAUUUUAACAUAACUAAAUUUUGUCCAUGCAUUGUUCUCUCCCAGCGAUCGUAUUAAACUACGUAGUUUGUAACGUGAAUCGAUGUGUCCCCUUGUAUAUUCCCAUAGAAAUUAUGAACCAACAACGGUUGUUAGCAAAUCUUUGAGGACGGCAUAACAGUGGGUAAAUGGUCUAGGUAAUUUCAGCACCGCCAUCACAUCGUGAAGUACCAUUGAUAAUUGUAACGACUUUUUUUUUGAGAACGACGUAAGCUUGAAGGAAUGAAACAGGAUUCCAAGAUAUAGGGAUGGCUUAAAAGCUGCUGUACUAAUGCCAGUAUAGCACCACGACUCAUGAUGUUGGUGUUUUGUAGAAAACCCGAAAGCGACAUUUCGAAACAUUUUUCUGAGAAGUUAAUUUUCGUUCUCAAGUCUUUACACAUUGUCGAUGCAGCUUUCGGGGAUAGUGGCGCUGCGGUAAUGGCUUAAACGGUUUACUCAUCUUUUAUUAUCUCAUUAU